ACUGAGUCAUAGGCUUCAGCUGAGUCUAGCGCCGUUGCAGAAAGGAUCAGGACUUUUUUUAGUUUAUUUGGCAGAUGUAUUUAUCCAAGACGAAUUCUGGCAAAAAAUAUUUCUUUUCUUUAACAAAUUGCAUUGUAUGAACGCAGCUAAUAGAAAUAAAGUACAAGCAGGCAGGUUAUAGAAGGUGCACAGUGAUCUUGGGGCUGAACAGAGACGGUGUAAAUACAUGUUUAUCAUGAUAGAGCAGGAUCUAUUCAUGAACAGUUAAUUGUUACCAGGAUGUCCACAAACCCUUAUGGGAAGAAAAAAAGCUUUCAAGCUGGAGCUUCAGGAUUCUCUGCCUCCUCUUCCUUCUCCUCCUCUUUCCAAGGUCCUGCAGGAGACCAUGGUACCAGCUUCCCACCAAACAAGCGCCACAAAGGGCCUGAUGGCAGAAUGGAGCCAGCAGCUGAUGCCUUUGUGGGUGACGAUGACUUCACACAAGAUGACUUGGAGGAAAUUGACAUUCUCGCUUCCCAGGCAUUCAGGGAUGAGGGUUCAGUGGUCCCAGAUGCCGGUGUGCAGAGCAAACCAAAUGCCAGAGCCACUUUUACACUGGGCAACAGUCAACAUAUUAGCACAGGGAAUGGCAGUACGUCAAGGAAAGAGACGGACCAGUUUGGCUAUGAGAUUCUUGAAACACAUCACUCAGAACUAAAGAGAAAGUUAAAAGAAGUGGAAGAUAAGCUGCUGCUGAAGACUGGUGAAAUCAAAGUGCUGCGGGAUUCCCUGCGACAGACAGAACAGGAGCGGGACCAGCAGAGGAAAGCUCAACUCCUUCAGGAGAAGGAGAAAGCCCAGGCUCGCAGUGACAAGGAAAAGGAGUUAUUGAAAAAGGUGCAAUCCCUGCAGUCUGAACUGCACUUUAAAGAAGCAGAGGUGACUGAGAUGAAAACCAAGCUCCAGAGUUGUGAAAGAGGGACUACAUCUGCAGCCGUUUCUGUUUCAAAAAUGAGCCCUAGGCAGAGUUCUUCUGGGAUGUUGAGGCAGGAUAUCGCUGCAUCUCCUUUGGCCACUCGGAAUUCAUUCCUUACCAAGGAGACCUUCAGUGCUGAAAUGGCUUCGAAGCACUCACCAUUAAAAGUUCAGAUGAUCAGCCUGGGCUGUUCUGCCAAGGAAGGUGAAAAAAUAUCAGAGACAACAAGUUUGUACUCUUCUGAUCACAACAGGCAUCCUAAAGGAUCCAUUCUACUAAACCUCCUGCUUCAGCAUCCCCUGGGUCCUGGCUCUCUAGGUCUGUGUCACCUACUCAGCAUCCGCCUGGACGCUCUGUCUGGCUCCUUGUCUCAACACGGCUGCUUCAACACUGGUUCAUCGUUGAGCUCCAGUGGUUGGUCAACAGAGUCUAAAACAAGCCACAGAACUCACAAGGGUUUCAGCCAAGCACAGAGUCUGGCCAUCUCAGGACUUAACAUGCUGGCUCUCGACCAAUACCUUCCAGACUCUGGUGAAGAAUCUCUACAGCCUGGCACACUCAGAAGCCACUCAAGUGCAGUGCACCUUUUACCUAUAGUGGAGUAUCACAUUGGUAUGUACUGCUGGGCACUACAAGCAAAGGAGAUUUCUGGGAAAAGCCCACUGAGAAGUUGCCAACCGUCUCCCUCCUCUUCUGAAGGAAGUCUUGGCUCCAGUGCUGAAGAGUCCUUGUCCAGCCUUCAGGAAUUUGCAGUUACAGCACUGACAGUUCUUUACCAUUUAGUUUCCCAGAGCAAGGAGGUUGUACAUGCUUUGCUUUCUCAUCAGCCAAAGGAAGAGGUUCAAGAAAGCGAUGCAGGGGUUGGCAAAUUGACAGCAGCUUGUCCGAGCGAUGACAAGCCGGGGCCUGCCAGGCUUCAUGAGACUUCAAACGAGCCUGUGGAAACUGUGGACCUCCUUCACCCGCUGUUGAAGAAGCUGCUGCAGCUCGCAGAUCCAGCUUUCACAAAUACUCCCCGUCACAGAGACACUGUGUUGAUCCACAGUUGGAAGACUUUGAACAUGCUGGCUGAGAGUGCUCCUGAGGAACAGUUACUAAGGUUCCAAGUUUUCCUUAGCAGCCAGACUCUGGUGCGAUGCUUGUCCCCGGACUCUUCCUGUGCAGCUGUUCAACACGCUGUCAGACUGCUGGCAUUCACAGCCACCCACAAAGAUGUGACCGCUCAGCUCGGCUCUCACUUAGAAGUUUGUCCCUUCCUCACACUAUACCAAUAUGUCACUUCCCGACCUGACAGAUUGGCAACUGAGGAACUUUGGAUUCAGCUAGAGUUGGAGGUUGUCAGGUUCUUAACCCAGCUGUGUGCCAACUGGAGGGCUCUGGUUGAUUCUCCUUGUCAGUGCAAUAGUGAGGUUAUCAAGACUCUGGUGGUGAUGUUGCAUCGGCAGUGGCUUUCUAUUAGAAUGCAUGAAAGAAGUACGGAGAGGAGCGGGUGUUUCUGGCUCAGCCCUUGUGUCCAGCUCUUCAGGGAGGGGGUGCUGCUGCUGCACUAUCUCUUCCAGAGAGACAAGAACUUCAGCGAGCACUGCCUGGAAGUGCUGCACCUGCACGACCAGGUCAUCCCAGGAAUCAGAGACACCUUCCGCAAAAUCCCACAGCUCAUGGAGAGCGAAAAAUUGGCGCAAGAAGAAAUGUGCCCUCCCGAGACAGAUGCGGAAGACAUGGAAGUCGAUACUGGACCCUAAUUUGACACUAAAGUUGCACACAUACCAUUAUCGUCAAUUUCUAAGCUCUGAAUUUUUAAUUUAGCUUAUGUCUUGACCAAACAACAGUGCUUCUAUUUCACAAGCUCACAUUUUCUUUGAACACUUGCCUUACCAUAUCAACUUAGUCUACUUUUAUUUUAGGUUACUAGAAUUGUGCUUUCUUCCUUGACAACAACAUACUGAACCUUGUUCAAGUUUUUUUUUGCUACAGUUCCGUUUACACCAAAAUGACUUUUCUGCUAGUAACAUUUCUUAAAUAAACCUUUUGUGAAAUAAAAUAUUAGUUUUGGCCUGAAUUGACCAGCCUUGUAAAACAGAGUUUUACAAGGGUGGUCAUACAGGUAGAGUACAGAAGUUUGUCAUGAUGCUGGCUGUGCUAUGUCCCUUGAUUACUGUGACCAUGAAAUGAGUGCCUAACUGGGCUUGCCAUAUGAUGGAAUACUGACAAAAAC